CUAUUGUUCCUAUUAUACUCCCAUUAAUUAUACUUUAACCAUACUUACUGUCCAUUAACAUCAAUUAACUAUCCUCCAUUACUAUACUCAUUCAUACUCCAUUAAUACUCCAUUAACAUCUAUACCCUGUUCUGUCAUAGCAGUAGUCGAAACGAGGCGCUCGGGCAAUAAGUCGUUGAUUUUUAGAUGCAAAAUGGCUUUUUUCCUUUUGUUCCCAGAGAUCUGGAGGAGAGGAGGGGCUUUUUCCUUUUUUUUUCUGUUUUUUUUUCUGUUUUUUUUUGGUUUUGGGGGUGUUUUGGGUGCUAACUGCGGAAAGUAUCAACUCGCGAGUAUUUGCGCGAGGACGAGCAGGCCAACGGUCCUUGCCAGGGCCAAGGCCCUUGCUGGGGCCAAGGCUGUUGGGCAGUUAAGGCAGGCCAGCAAGCUUGGUGGUGGCCCGUUCGGGGAAUAAAAGAUCAGGAUGCCAAAGCCGGUCCCCCACGAUUCGGAAUUUCUUCAGUCUUUGCGUUUUUGC